UUGCCUCUGACAUUCUUACUAUGAAGCAGUGCAGUGACAGCUGAAGCUGCUGUCCAGAAGUCAUCUCAUCAUCUGACAGCAUCCAAUACCUUAACUUUCUUUAGCACAGAAGGCAAACUACCUUGAAUUUCCUACUUUUCUGAGUUUUUCCAAGCAGGUGGCAAUGGCAAAUUAUCUUGGAGUUACCUCAGCAGUGUCUUUCAUCUGGGUUAUGACAUUCCUGGCUCAAAAUUACUUUGUAACAGGUUCCAUUAAUUCACCCUGCAGAAUCAAGGGUAUAGGAAUUUAUCUUGAUCAGAAAGCAAAUUUCUCAGAAGCAAGUAAUGGAUGUAAUCGAUUCAAUCUACAGCUGGCAACUAAAAAACAAGUUGAAGAGGCUCUGAAACAUGGCUUUGAAACAUGCAACUAUGGAUGGGUGAAAGACGGAUUUGCUGUUAUUCCUCGGAUAACAUCCAACCAGAAGUGUGGUCAGGGAAAAACUGGAAUAGCACAAUGGAAUGCUGGCAAGGAUAAAAAAUUUCAUCUCUACUGCUUCAAUUCCUCAGAUGUCCAGAUUAAUUCAUGUCAACCAGACCCAGCUACAACCACAUUUCCUUCAACUGCAUCAAGGGACUUAACUGAAUAUUCAGCCUCUGAUUUGACUGAGAACAUCACAGCAGUGCCCACUGUGACUGUGACUGAGUCAGAACAAUUCCUGAAAAAGAGAUUUCGUGUCGUAUGCGUGACUGAAACCAUCCUACCAACAGAGGGGCCCACCACACCAGUGCCAGAGGAGCACUCACCCACUGACUCUCCCAGGCACACUCCCCACCUGGCCUUUAAGAAUGAUGCUGUUGUUUUUGGAGGUAUCCCCACUGCACUUCUUGUACUGGCAAUCAUCUUCUUCAUUAUUUCAGUUGUUCUAGCAGUCUGUUAUAUCAAAAAGUACAAGAAAACCUUACCAUUUUUAAACAAGAAUCAGCAAAAAGAAACAGUUGUCACUACUGCUCUCAAAGAGACAAAAUCAAAUGAUCAAACACCUGAGAAGGAAACACAAAAUAAUGGAAAUCAGGUAGAAGAGUGUAAAACUAAGCCUGAGGCCACAGUAAAAUGUUUAGAAGCAGAAGUUUAAAGGAAAAUAUGUACAGUUCUUGGUGGAAGUAUAAAAUGAAGCACACAGAACUUAGCAGUGCUUUUAAACAUAAGUGAUUGUAAAUACUCAUAUUUUCUCUAUCUUUUACAUAUGAAACCCUGUUUUUUAAUAAUUACAUCUUUGGCAACAAAUAUUCUUGCAGAAGAACAUGGUAUCUUAUUUACUUGAAAUGAAUUCUCCAAAUUCAUAUUACAGCUCGGUUUUCAUCUUUAAUAAAGAAGCAAUUAGGAAUAUGCUAUUAACAACAAUCACUACAUUAGCUCUUUGCAUGGAAUUCAGAUCAAUAUGUAACAAAAAGAUAUUUUUAUAUCUGGCUGGAGGAUGUCUGCUAGCCUAAUGCCUAAAAUAAAAUGCUGACACUGUAAUUCUUCCUCAUGUAGAUUAGCUUAUUUCCAUUCAGUAUUGCAUGCUGCUUUUAAAAAUAUCUGUUUACAAACAGGAGAAACAGUUCUGUUUACAAGGGAGUAAAAACUCAAAGGAUUAACCCACUGUCAUUUAAAUGCCCAAAGAAGGGUACAAAGAUGCUGAUGUUUAUAUAUAUAUAUAUUUACAGCAAUGAAUAACUUACAUACCUUCAUUGUUUACAUAAUUUACCGUUUUAUUUAUUGAAACCAUUAUCAUUCUUUCACAUCUGAUAUUUGACAGAGGGGGAUAAAAAACCCUUGAACAAGAGUUAUACUGGAGAUCUUUUGUGUGUAUUUAAGUGUGGCUUUCAUAAUAAAGGUCUCAGGUGGUAUGGGAUGUCUACAGCACUCCAUAAAAAAAUAAACUAUGGUGGAUAUGUUUGUCUGGACAAUUUAUUCUCAUGAAAACUGUCUCAUGGUAAAAAGAAUUCAUAUAACCUUAAUGUUACAGAAGAAAUUAGUUGUUAUAAAAUAACAACACUAGCAGUUUAUCAAAUAUUUUCCUGAGAACUCAGAUAACUUAUCUUUAUGUGUGAAGGACAUUGUUAUGCUAAAGGAAGAUUUUUGGUUUUUCAUCAGGCAGCUUGCAAAACAUAGUGUUAGAUAAUAAUUUUUUAAAAAGCAAUAGAACUGCUCACCUAUAUUGUGUUUCCAACAGUAUAGGAUACUGGGUUAUGAACUUUGAUAUUUUCCAUUCACAUAAAAUUUAAAAUGCCCAGUGUUUACACAUUCCACUAGUAUUGAUUUAUAGUGCAUUUCUAACAUCAUACUUAGAGAUUCGCUGGGUUGUUUUUUGUUUUCUCUUUUUGCUUUUUUUUUUUGAUAGUUCAGAAAUACUU